GUGCUCUCAUCUACUGCGCUGAUUAUUCGCACACGGCGAGCGGAGCGAGAAGGCAGCAGCCUCCGCUCUCUCCUAAUCCUCCCAGCCAGCAGUCUGAUGUUGGACCUCGCAUUUACGAUGGUCACAGGUGAAAGGGCCCUCGUCUGGCGUCUGCUGCUGCUGUUGCUCGCCCUGACGCACCCCUCAGCCGCCGCAUACUUGAUCGAGGGCAGCCCUGACUCCAUCACGUCCGCCACGACCAGCACCACCACCGAGAAACCGUACACCAAGCACUAUCCAGGGCGCCACGUGUGCACCAAAGAGCAGUCGGUGACUGAGCCAGUGCGCACAAGGGAGUCGUACUGCACCCCUGUCUACAAGUCAUAUUACAUGCCCUGUGAGAGGGGCAUGUGCAGGAAGAUCAGGGUACUUUACGAGACUUCAUACAGAGAUGUGGUCAAAUAUCAGGUAUCUCACAAGACCUCCUACGAGUGCUGUCCAGGAUGGGCUCCAUCGCCAAAGACACACCAAGGAUGCUCAAAAGCCGUUUGCAAAAAGAAGUGUGAGAAUGGGGGAUCUUGCCUGAAACCCGACUUUUGUGGCUGCAGACCUGGAUAUUCCGGACCAUAUUGCGAACAAGAUAUAGACGAGUGCAGUUUGAGACAGCACACUUGCGACCACCUUUGCGUCAACACCUUUGGAAGCUAUCACUGCAAAUGCUACCCAGGCUAUGUGCUCAAGCCAGAUGGAAGAGGAUGCCAACACAAGCACCUUGUCGAGACCACCCCCUUCACUACAACCACGGUCCCAACGACCUCUGCCUUCACCACCACUAAACCAACCACAACCACUUUAAAGCCUCAAGAACGGGACCGUGAGGAACUAGAAGAUUACGAUUUCAAAGUGGAAUAUGUCGACGUUAACAGGAGGAUUAACAAGAUUGAAAGGGUCAUGACACAACCUUAUAAUCAAAGUGAAGAAGGCAAGUCAACCGCUGCCACACUUGAGGUACUUUCAAGACUGAACACUGUGAUUGAGUACCAAAAAAUGUUGAAGACUCGCAUUGACAGUUUAGAAAAGAAAUUGGAGCACUCUCGUAAGCAGAUGAACAGAAGGAAGAAAAAAUUGGCUGGAGAAGAGGAGAUGAAGUUACACCACAUAACCAGACAAAUAGCUGCCAUCAAUCAAAGACUGGAUAACUGUGUAUGCAACAAAUAACAACACUGAGGCGUCUUAACUCUUUAACUCAACUAAAAGAUGACUGGAGUCAAACCUAAUAACGUUCAGCAUUGUACUUUACGUAUCUGAUCUAUUCACUGCCAUACUCCUAUGUUUAAUUUUAAUUUAAGGUGACUUGUAUCUUUUGUAAUAAAGUGUUGCAAAUUACACAGA